AUGAAUGCCAUAUGCAGUAAUGUGACAUCCAGGAAUGUGACAUCCAGUAAUGUCACAUUGCAUUGCGGCAAUGACAUUUACUUGGUGAAUACAGCUUCAGUUAAUACGAAGUUUGAUCAAGCUCUGGUUUCGGAUGAAGUUUUAUGGACAUUCACUGCCAUAGUCGAUACCUGGUUCUCCCUGGUAAUCGCCUUCUUGGGAAUCUUCGGCAACACUCUCACCAUCGUCGUCUUCAAGACCAUGGGGUUCAAGGACACGAUCAAUAUCACCAUGACGACCAUCGCCUUCUGGGAUCUCGUUCGCGUGCUGUGCGGUUUCAUCCACAGGUUCUACGGGCCUUUGUCUCUUCUGUCGCCGCCCCUGGGCAGAUCCUGGCAGAAUGCUACCUACCCGAACAUCAACUCCUUGCAGAACAUCGCCACGAACAUCGCUUACGUUAUAGGAGCCUACGUCGCCAUGGAGAGAUGCCUUUGCAUCAGUUUUCCUUUGCGAGUCAAAUCUAUGAUGACGCCUAAUAAUACGUAG